AUGUCUUCUUCUUUCUCUGACAAAUUGAACUGCUCUUUUUAUAACAAGAUUGGAGCCUGUAGACAUGGCGAUAGAUGCUCAAGAAAGCAUUUAAAACCAUCUCACUCUUCCACCAUAGUUUGUUUGAAUCUAUACUCAAACCCUGGUCUAAAUCCCACCAACACAUUGUCCGACAAAGAAAUGGCACUCCAUUUUAAUAAUUUCAUUCAGGAUAUAUUUAUCGAAUGUGUCUUACUUGACUGUCAAAUUAUUGAUUUAGUAGUCUGCGAAAAUUCAAAUGAUCACUUGAACGGUAACAUUUUCAUAAAAUUUUUAAAUGACUCAAUGGCUCUCAAAAUCAAAAAUAAUUUUAACUCGAGAUGGUAUAAUUAUAAGCCAAUUUACUGCGAAUUAAGUCCUGUCAAGUAUUUCAAAGAUAGCUGUUGUAGGCAACAUGAGCUAAAUAAUUGCUCAAGGGGUGGUCUUUGUAAUUUCAUGCAUUCCAAAAAAAUUGAUCCUGAAUUGUUAAAUGACUUAAUGUUAUCUCAAAAGAAAUACUUUAUACAAAAAAAGAUUUCAAAUUCUGACAAACUUUAA